UACCUGCGUAUCAUCCAACACACUCUACCCGAGUAUCAAAGUUGUACUCUACUUGAAGCUCCACAUCAAUGGCUUCUCUCUCUCUCCGCCUUCUCUCCCCUCAUUUCUAAGGUCUGCUAAAAAUCCCAGAAGAGAGAAGAAAACCAUUUCACCAAACUACCCCUACCAUGAAGAGGUAUUUACAAUCCCUUUCUAGAAUCGCUUCCAGAAACCCUAGUUUCUCCUUCUCCUCUUCCUCUCCUUCUACCUCAACGCCCUGGAACCGUUCGAUCUUCGCCUUUCAAUCCACAGCCACUGCCCCGGACUCACAGGAAUCAAGACCGCCGAUCAUCCCCACCGAACGCGUCUCGGCGAUCGUCGAUGACAUCUCCGGUCUCACCCUCCUCGAAGUCGCCGAUCUCACCGAGAUCCUCCGCAAGAAGUUCAACGUCGAAGAGAUGCCGAUCAUGACCGUUAUGAUGCCCGGGAUGGCCUACGGCGGGACCCGGGGUGGGGCGGGUGGCAAGGGCGGGGCGAAGGCGGAGGAGAAGAAGGCUGAGAAGACGGCAUUCGAUCUGAAGCUCGAGGGAUUUGAUGCCGCGUCAAAGAUCAAGAUCAUCAAGGAGGUCAGAACUUUCACGGAUUUGGGGCUCAAGGAGGCGAAGGAUUUGGUGGAGAAGGCACCGACCCUGCUGAAGAAGGGGGUCACGAAAGAGGAGGCGGUGAAGAUUAUUGAGAAGAUGAAGGAAGUCGGAGCGAAAGUUGUCAUGGAGAUUGAAUUAUUGGUGUGCUCUUUCUACGGUAGGUCAUCCAUGGCACAGCAUUCCACAUGGGGCAUCUGCAUUUACCAACAGUACAGUCACUUGUACUCGGGAGUUUCCGUGAGCCAAGAACGGUCAUUGCAGAAUUCUCUAGAGUAAUUCUUUAGUUUACUCACAAGUAUUGCCGUAUACAUGGACGGUGGAAGAUAGUUGAUCUUUUCUUCUUCGAUGAAUCAAUUGAAUGUCUUUUCUAA